CCGCCCUGUGGAGGAUGAGGAGGACGAGGAGGACGCACACGCGCUCCGUGGAGCCUCACAUCUGAGCGAGGGCUUCUGGACCAGCCGCGUGCGCGUUUGGAGAACUUCGGAUCGCUCCUGCACGUUCGCGCUGCCGCGCGGACAGUGGAGACCCCUGCUGCGGGUCCAGUGGAGGAUUCCCGUGUGCACAUCGCGGAGAACCUCACCUGCUCUUCUGGUCAUCUGGACGGAGCUGCGCGUAAGGAGGAGCGUCCUUCAGCAUCAACGUCGGGAUCAGCACCAGGACCGAGAUCGAGACCAGGCUCGGCAUCAGGACCAAGACUGUCAUCCCGACCAGGAUCGGGUCCAGCAGGAGCAGCUUCGCCCCGUCGGUCGGGCACGAGGAAGGACAGGUGCCCGGUCCGCGCGCCGCGCCGCGCCGCGGGGGAGGGGGGAGCCGCUCUAGCCGGAGCGCUGACAGACAGCCGCUGUGAGGGGUCUGUGCGCGCGACGGAGCACGCGGACAUGGGGUCCUUGAGUAAGGCCAGGAGACUUCUCUGUCUCCUUCUUCAAAUGUCUACCCUGGUUCUCUUGGGAAGAGCAGAGAAAGCCUGCCCACUCAGCUGCCGCUGUGAAGGGAAGAUUGUCUACUGUGAGUCUGCUGCCCUUCAGGACGUGCCGGGGAACAUCUCGGUUGGUUGCCAGGGCUUAUCAUUGCGGUACAACAGCCUCCAGGCUUUGCUUCCUUACCAGUUUGCCCACCUCAGCCAGCUUCUCUGGCUCUACCUGGACCACAAUAACAUUGACUCAGUGGAUGGCCGUGCUUUUCAAGGGGUUCGACGGCUCAAGGAGCUCAUUCUCAGCUCCAAUAAGAUCAUGCAGCUUCACAAUGAUACCUUCCAUGCCGUACCCAACCUACGCAACCUGGACUUGUCCUACAACCAGCUGCAGGAGCUGCAGCCGGGGCAGUUCCAGGGCCUACGGAAGUUGCAGAGCCUCCACCUGCGCUCCAAUGCCCUGACCACUGUCCCCAUUCGCGCCUUCUUGGAGUGCCGUAGCCUGGAGUUUCUGGACUUAGGCUACAACCGAAUACGUGCCCUCACCCGCACCACCUUCCUAGGGCUGCUCAAGCUGGCUGAGCUGCACUUGGAGCACAACCAAUUUUCCAGGAUCAACUUCUUCCUCUUUCCGCGACUCCUCAACCUUCGGGCUCUCUAUCUGCAGUGGAACCGCAUCCGUGUUGUCAAUCAGGGGCUCCCUUGGACCUGGCACACUCUGCAGAAGCUGGAUCUUUCAGGGAACGAGAUCCAGGUCCUGGACCCGGCUGUCUUCCAGUGCUUGCCCAACCUGCAGAUACUAAACCUUGAGUCAAAUAAGCUCAGCAACAUCUCCCGGGAAACUGUAGAGGCCUGGAUUUCCCUGACUGCCAUCAGCUUGGCGGGGAACGUGUGGGAUUGUGGCCCUGGCCUUUGCCCCCUGGUGGCCUGGCUACGGAACUUCAGGGGUAGCAAGGAUACUACGAUGAUCUGCAGCAGCCCCAAAGCACUCCAGGGUGAGAAGGUGAUGGAAGCCAUGAGAAACUUCACAGAAUGCGAAGAGAGUUCAACUGAAGAAACCAUUUUCCAGAUGCCAACUUCUGCCCUGACCGAAGUUGAUACAAGCCCUCCACCUCCCCCAUCUACUGUACAAGCUCCAUCCCCGUCUCCCCGACCAUGGCUCUUUCCUCAGCCAACACUCCCCAUAUUGGUAGGGAGAGACCCCCUGGACUCCAUUGACAGUACCCCAUCCCCCUCAGACAGCUCAUCCUCCACCACAGACCUGCAGCUGGAGCAUAUGUCCCUACACAAGGUGGUGGUGGGAGGUGUGGCCCUCUUCUUGUCUGUAUGCCUCAUCCUACUGGUGAUCUAUGUCUCAUGGAAGCGCUAUCCUGGCAGCGUGAGGCAGCUGCAGCAGCAUUCGCUGGGUCACAAGCGCCGCAAAAAGGCACGGGAGCCAGAACAAGGCCUGGGAUCCCAACUGCAGGAGUACUACAUGACGUAUGAUCCCACGCAUCCCGAAGCCUUGGACAUGCUGAUCAACGGGACCCCGGGGUGCACGUGCACUAUCUCCGGGUCCAGGGAAUGUGAGAAUGAAUACACAUGUCCCAGACCCUUACCUGGAGCCUGGCCGGGAGGCAUGCCUACCAUACACUGAAGGAGAUCCUCAGUCACCUGCUUGGGGCACUGCAUGUAAAGGACUCCAUUUCCCAUCAUCCUUUGCUCCAGCUGAAACAAAGACUCAACUUCCUUUUAAAAGGGAUGGUUCCUUGUGCAAAUAUUCCCCUAGUGGGCUGAUUUAGUUAAAGGUUCAAAAUGUUGCAAUAGAUUUGUUUUAAUUAUGCUAUUAUUGUUUUUUUUUUUUCUUUUAACACCAUGCCUUGCCUUUGAGUGACCAUUCCCUGCGCUGUUGUCUUUGGCCUUUGGUCCUGUCAGUCACCACAACCUGGGCCUUUCACCCACCAACAGGACUGGUGAAAUUGAUAGGAUGUUCUUCAUUAAGAUUAAAGCUGGAGCAAAUAACCUUGAGUAUACUGACAUUGAGAAGGAGGGCAAUUUUGGAGAAACCCCAUUACAUGGGUGCCCGUCUAAAUGUCUAGACCAAGAGAUGAUGGUUUUCAUAAGAAAACCCAAAAAUGGAUCUUCUGGAGAGUACAUGGACAAAGGUGUCACACAAAUGGAUGAUUCUGUUACCGACACAUCUGCACUCUCCCCCAGGUGUCAGGUUUCAAUGGAGGAAAGCAACCAGGAAUUUCUCCCCAGGACACACUGGCCUGUGGCACUCAUACACCCAGUUUACAUCUCUCAUUGCUUCACACAGAACACUGUUGACAUGAGCAGCUGGUGGGAGGAUGCUGACCUUUGGUUCUUUGAGGCUGUUCCUAUUCAAAGGUAGAUGGAUUUUGGGUUUUGGCCUUGAAGAAUCUCUGUAACAUUAUUUCCAGCAGAAAAGCUUAUAUGUUUGAGGAAGGACACAUUCUGUCUCAUGCUUACUGGCUGAACAGACACUCACUGCCUCAAGUCUAUGGUGUAGAGGGGCACCUUUUGCCUGUUACCUGAUGAUUUCAAGGACAUCCUCCAUCUAAUUCCCUUUGACCAGAAGGAUGCCCUCCACCUCAUCUGUUAUGGCCAGAAGAAUGUCCUCUGGCUCAUACCCUUUGACCAGAAAGAUGUCCUUGGCUUCAUCUAAUAUGGCCAGAAAGAUUUACUUUGCCCCAUCCCCUUUGACCAGAAGGGCAUUAUCUGCUUCAUUCCCUUUCACCAGAAGGAUGUGCUCUGCCUUGGGCCCAUUGACUGGAUGGAUGCUCUCUGCCUCAAGCUCAUUAACUGCAGGAAAGCCCUUUGCCUCAUGUUCAUUGGCUGGAACAAUACCCUUUGCUUCUUGGCCUUUGGCUUUAAGGACACCUUAUGCCUAGUUUCUGUGAACUAAAGGAACACUACCUGUCUUGUGACCAUUGGCUGAAGGGAGACUUUCUGCCUCUUGUCACUGGAGUCAGUCCACUUCCUCAGCCCCUGGGAGUCAAACCACCAAAAUCAAAAAGUUGGACCACUACAGAAUAACAAUAAGUGUACAGUGGGGUGGGAUGACUGUGUUUCUUCUGAAGUGCUCACCAAGUCUGCGUGUGUGUAUGUGUAUGCGAGCGUGUGUGUGCUGUCUGCUGUCUGAUGCACCUUCAAAUAAGAUGCAUCAGGCAGCUUACAGCUGAGAAAAAUCAAAGAGUGUGAGAGCUUAUUUUGUGGUGGGGUGUGGGGCUUAACACCUUCUGUACCUCUACUUUCAAUAUUUGUUAUAAAACUUGUUUCCAGCAUCCAGGCAACCCUCAAUGUACAUUGUUGAUCCAAUGGCCUCUUUCCCUCACAGCGAUGUACAGCCCCUCCACGUUCGUAAGUCAGGACACCCACCUGGAACACUCUUUUGUACUGUGUAUGGUAUUUUUGA